UGCCUAUAAACUGCGGUUAGUGUGCAUGAAAUCUCAAUUUAAAACAAGCCGACGAAUAAGACGGAACAAGUUUCUUUUCAAUAACGACGCAAGCACGGUAAGAAAUGAACACCAAAUUGAUACUCGUUCUUCUUUCAGUCGCAUUGUUUGUGGCCGAUAACGGAGCAGCCAGAUACAGGUGUCGGCGACGCCUUACUUACAGGGCAUUACUUAUAAACUACUAUAAGAUGAUAAAUAGUGUGAGGGUGUACUCUAGAAGAGCUUACAUCCUUGGACGAGGAUUAAAUUCGAUUGCUUCAUACUACAGGAGACUUGCCUAUUAUGGAGACGCUGAAGCAAUUGACAAAAAACAAAAUGACCUAGCCAAGGAUACUGCUGAUUUCUUUGAAGAUGGAGAUGAAAUGUUGGAUCAUUUGGAAAUUGAGGAAGACACUGAGGAAAUUCCAGAUCAUGAUAAAGCUGGUGAAAUAUAAAAAUAUUAUUCAUCCUUCCGGAUAACGACCGGGUCAGCAAUCAAAGCUUUCAGCAAACUUGACGAAUAAACCGAUCCAAUUUAAAAGGAAAUUCACGUUCGGACCUUGAUCUUGUACUUUUUGUGACCGUUGAUAUAAUAUAAACUUUAUACAAUCCGGAAUGCAAUUAAAUGUAACCCUACGAUAAAA